UCUCUCUUCUCUCUCUCUCUACAAUUUCAAGCCAUGGUCAAAGCUGGAGGAACUCUCACCAAGCUCAAGUCCGCCAUUAAACGAUGGCCCUCGAUCUCCAAGCUCGGUCGGAGCUCUAGCUCCGUGUCGGUUGCUGCUGUGAGCAACUGUGCCAAUAUUGGCGAGGACAUCUCUAAGGAGCUUCACACGGUCUACGUCGGUAAGUCUCGACGUCCGUAUUUUGUCAGCUUAGAUGUCAUAGCACACCCUCUAUUUCAAGAGUUGGUCGAUAAGUCAAUGUCUGACAACGACGGCGCAGUGGUCGUCUCUUGUGAAGUGGUCAUGUUUGAACAUUUGUUGUGGAUGUUGGAAAAUGCCGCAACCCAAUUGGGGUCGACGGAGGAACUCGUCGAGUUUUACACUUGUUGACUUGCCGGCGGUUGCUGCCGGUGGACGGCGGCGAUAAAUUAAGGUGUAAAGAGGUUGGUAGCUGAAGUUUGUUGAGAGAAGUUGAUCACUGUGGAAUGUGUGUGUGUCUGUUUUUUUUUUUUUU